AUGUUGUUUACUAUUUCCUUGUCUCUCCUGGUAGCUUACCCUUCCCCCCAUCUCCCCCAUUUUCUUACCCUUUCCCCCUGUCUCCCCAGUUUCUUACCUUCCCCUGUCUCCCCAGUUGCUUACCCUUUCCCCCUGUCUCCCCAGUUGCUCACCCUUUCCCCACCCUGUCUCCCCAGUUGCUCACCCUUUCCCCACCUGUCUCCCCCAGUUGCUUACCCUUUCCCCACCUGUCUCCCCCAGUUGCUUACCCUUUCCCCACCUGUCUCCCCAGUUGCUUACCCUUUCCCCCCACCUGUCUCCCCCAGUUGCUUACCCUUUCCCCCCCUGUCUCCCCCCAGUUGCUUACCCCCCCCCUGUCUCCCCAGUUGCUUACCCUUUCCCCCCCUGUCUCCCCAGUUGCUUACCCUUUUCCCCCCUGUCUCCCCCAGUUGCUUACUCUCUCCCCCGUCCCUUCCGGUUGCCUACCUUCUCCCAUGUCUCCUCCAGUUGCCUACCCUUUCCCCACUUCUCUUCCGGUUGCUUACUCAUUUCCUCCGACUUUCCAUCUGUUUUUUUUUAUUUCUGAUUUCACUUUGUUACCUCCCUUUUUUUUUCUUUUUUUUUUUGUCAAUUUUUCAUCACAAUUUCUGUUUUUGUUUCUUUUCACUUCAUUCUUCUUAUCUUUUCCUUUUCUUAAUUUUUGUCUUUUCCUUUCUUUUCAACAUUUCCUUUUUUUUUUUUUUUAAAUUUUCCUUUCUCUGUUUUUCUCUUUCCUUUCCUUUCCUUUCUCUGUUUUUCUCUUUCCUUUCUCUGUUUUUCUCUUUCCUUUCUCUGUUUUUCUCUUUCCUUUCUCUGUUUUUCUCUUUCCUUUCCUUUCUCUCUUUCCUUUCCUUUCUCUGUUUUUCUCUUUCCUUUCCUUUCUCUGUUUUUCUCUUUCCUUUCCUUUCUCUGUUUUUUCUUUCCUUUCCUUUCUCUGUUUUUCUCUUUCCUUUCCUUUCUCUGUUUUUCUCUUUCCUUUCCUUUCUCUGUUUUUCUCUUUCCUUUCCUUUCUCUGUUUUUCUCUUUCCUUUCCUUUCUCUGUUUUUCUCUUUCCUUUCCUUUCUCUGUUUUUCUCUUUCCUUUCCUUUCUCUGUUUUUCUCUUUCCUUUCCUUUCUCUGUUUUUCUCUUUCCUUUCCUUUCUCUGUUUUUCUCUUUCCUUUCCUUUCUCUGUUUUUUCUCUUUCCUUUCUUUUCUCUGUUUUUCUCUUUCCUUUCCUUUCUCUGUUUUCUCUUUCCCUUUCCUUUCUCUGUUUUCUCUUUCCUUUCCUUUCUCUGUUUUUCUCUUUCCCUUUCCUUUCUCUGUUUUUUCUCUUUCCUUUCCUUUCUCUGUUUUUCUCUUUCCUUUUUCCUUUCUCUGUUUUUCUCUUUCCUUUCCUUUCUCUGUUUUUCUCUUUCCUUUCCUUUCUCUGUUUUUCUCUUUCCUUUCCUUUCUCUGUUUUUCUCUUUCCUUUCCUUUCUCUGUUUUUCUCUUUCCUUUCUUUACCGUUUUUCCUUCUUUCUCUGUUUUUCUUUUCCUUCUCUGUUUUAAUUUCUUUCCUUAUCUUUUCAAUUUCUUAUUUAUUCUUCAUCCCAUUCUACUUGCCAACAGUUUUAGUAAAGCCAAACUGCCUGGCCGGUGCCAACUUUUGGGAUGGGCUUGCCCAAUUAGCCCCUGGCACUGAUCCAAUCCAUGAUAAAAAACAUCUGUACUGGUACCAUCACCACCAUUGUGAUAAUAAUGAAAAUUAUCAUUUUCCUCCUCCAUUAUUAACACAAGUAUUCUCUCUCCAGCAUUGUGAAUCCUCUCUUUGCUACUGGACAGUUUAG